AUGGACAAAGAUUGCGACAUGGUAUAUAAAAACAUUUCUGACAUAUAUAAAUCUGAGGAGUUUAAGACUUACGAUAACUUUGUUUCAUUAGUUGCAAAAUGUGUUUGGGAAAUAAGAGAUAAAGAUAGAAGAGGCAAAGUAUGGAACGAACAAAUAAGACCCGCUAUGUUUGAGAUGAAGAGAGCAAUUGACGCCUUAGUUGUUUUAGCUGGUUUUAUUUCAAUGUAUAACGCAAAAAUGAACCCGCAAUGUUCAAAAUGUAAGGCAGCAAUUAGGAAAUAUAACUACUCAGUCAAAGAGAUAGAAAGAAUGAGAAACGACUAUGCAGACUUAAAGAAAGAAGCAGAAAAGCCAGCAGAAGAUAAAAUGAACAUGUUAGAAUUUCUGAACAAAAACUAUCCAACAGCAGAAGAUUUCCUUCUAUCUGACGUCAAGAAGAAGUAUAAAGAAACCUUCGGUAUUGUUAAAACUUUUGACAUACUGACAGAAGAAAUAGAAGCUACGAAAUUGUUUAGGAUUUCAAAUAUACAUCGUACAAUUCAUGUAAAACGCUUGUGA